AUGGCUGUAGCAGUAAAUCUACUUGUGAAGAAUAAUGAUACUAUUGAAAAUCGACGAUCUGUCAUCCCCAAAAAAUAUAUCACAACUCAUUCCCUUCGAAUAAAACGAGGCAAUUCGCCUAAAAUUACCUUUUUCGAAGGUCAUAAACUUGAUAACGCUGCUUGUUAUGGUCAUGAUGGACUUCGUGAAUAUAACUCGAAACCAAAUGAUCUUAUUGGUGCAAUGUCCAGCCUAAAGAUGUGUUUCAAAUGUCUUGAAAUAACCAAUCCAAAGAACAAAAAGAAAGUAGUAGUCAAAAUUGUUGAUGAAUGUGAAGAUUGUAAAAAGAAUCAAGUUGAUUUAUCAAUUGCUGCUUUUUCUAAAAUUGCGAAUCCCGAUGAUGGUAUAGUUGGUGUUAGUUUUAGGGUUGUUUCUUGUCCAUCAAAAGCUUCCCCACUUUUGAUUAUUGCUAAAAAAUAUAUCAUGACUUCUGUGUAUACCAUAAAUUAUGCUCUUCGAGCUCAUAAGCGUGAUCCAUUUAUCGAAUUCAUAAAGGGAAUGCUUAUGACCCCAUUCGUUCUUCACGCGAAGCCACUUCCACAAGCCUAUGAUUCAACUGAAAAGGAGGAUUCAACCUGUGACGAUGAUUAUCAUAUGGAUGCAAAUGUUGCUAGGUAUUGUGACAUUUUAUCAAGUAUUGAAGAUUUGAUAAAGGAGCAUAUUCGAAAACAAGCUAAAGGUGUUCCUGACCAAUCAAGACUUAAAAGACUUGUUCCUUCCAUAUCAACUUUUCAUACUCAAUUACCGUUACGCGAAUCAUUUUUGUUAGCUAAUACCAAGCAUUCUAUUGCUGCGCGUAGAUUUGUACCUCCAAGCUUCAACGAUAUUCGAAGAAUAUUAAACACGGCCCAGAACAUUGCAAUUGCACCAAAACUCAAAUUAAUAACAUUUGAUGGGGAUAUGACACUUUAUGAUGAUGGAAAAGAUUUUGAGCAUGAUUCAGAAUUGGUUAAAUUACUUAUGAGGUUAUUAGAACACAAGCUGUAUGUUUGCGUGGUUACAGCUGCUGGAUAUUCCGGAGAUGCUUCUCGAUAUGAACAAAGACUAUCUGGUUUAUUAAAAGGGUUUGAAAAUGCACGACUGUCAAAAGAGAUGUGUGAAAAUUUUUUUUUGUUGGGUGGUGAAUGCAAUUACCUUUUUCAAUGUCAAGAAAAUUAUCAUUUAAAAUAUAUUAAGGAAUCUGAGUAUCAACCACACUAUGUCCAUUCCUGGAAACCCAAUCAGAUUAACGCCAUAUUGGAUGUAGCUCAAGAGAAUUUGCAAAGGUGCAUUGACGAUAUGAAGUUGCCGUGUACAGUGUUACGUAAAAGCAAGGCGGUUGGUAUCGUGCCUAAACCUAAUGUAAAGAUAUUUCGAGAGCAGUUGGAUGAGUGUGUAUUAUCUACACAGCAUCGAAUUGUGAAUUAUCUACAUUCACCACUAGGAAGUGAGAAUUCAUUGCCAUUUUGUGCAUUCAAUGGCGGGAGUGACGUAUGGGUAGAUAUUGGGAAUAAACUUAUAGGGGUACAACUAUUACAAGACUUCCUUGGCGCAAAGCCACAUGAAACUUUACAUGUAGGGGAUCAAUUUUUGUCUACUGGAAAUGAUUUCGCUACAAGGCACCAAUGUUGUACAUUAUGGAUCGUUAAUCCUGAAGAAACACAAAACGUUUUGGUCGAAUUAACUGCAUUAUUGGAAGCGAAGCCAGAACGAGUUAUAAAUUAA